AUGGAAGAACGACGCCGCCAAUGCGAGGAAUCUAUCCAAAACAAAGUUUUGUCGGAGUAUAUCAGGAUCAUAAACAUUUCCAUUGGAGACAGAAAGGAGUUCAAUCUAAUGUGUGACGAUUUCAUUGCCAGAGUGGGAUACGACAAAGAAAAGAAUCUGGACCCUCAACCUCUCUCUUGGCCAAGAUACCCUAGCACCAAGCGCUAA